GGGGGGGGGCAGGGCAGGAGGCGGUGGUCGGCCCGCCCCACGACCCUAUUAAAGAGUCCCGGGCGAGGACUGGGUACGGUGAGCCUGACGGCGAGGAAAGUGGUGUGCCGAACUCCCGGAGCGCCGCGCAGGGUGCAGAGCCCAGGACUGCCCUUUCCGGGCCGGGGAGGGCGCUCCGAGCCGCCCCCCUUGCCCCACGCCCCGUGUGCCCCUCGGCCGCUCCCCUGCUCAGCCCUGCGGGCCUUGGGAGGUCUGGCCAUGCGACCAGGCUAGUGCGCCAGGGGCGCAGCGCCGAGCCGCUGCCCUGCCGCCCGCUCCCGCCGCCGGCAUGCUGCGCCCGCUGCUGCUCGCGGCGCUCUGCUUGGCCGGCCGGCUCGAACCCAGCCGCGGCUGCCAGCUGCCGUCGGAGUGGAGACCCCUGAGCGAGAGCUGUCGCGCCGAGCUGGCCGAGAUCAUCGUGUACGCCAAAGUGCUGGCGCUGCACCAGGAGGUGCACGGCCUCUACAACUACCUGCCCUGGCAAUAUGAGGCUGGCGAGGCGGGGCUCUUCUACUCCGCGGAGAUCGAGAUGCUGUGCGACCAGGCGUGGGGUAGCAUGCUCGAGGUCCCCGCCGGCUCUAGGCUCAACCUCACUGGCCUGGGCUACUUCUCCUGUCACUCCCACACCGUGGUCCAGGACUACUCCUAUUUCUUCUUUCUCAGGAUGGAUGACAAUUAUAACCUCUUGCCUCAUGGAGUCAACUUCCAAGAUGCCAUCUUUCCAGAUACUCAAGAGAACAGAAGGAUGUUUUCCAGCCUUUUCCAGUUUUCAAACUGUUCCCAAGGGCAGCAGCUGGCCACUUUCUCCAGCGACUGGGAGAUCCAGGAGGACAAUAGGCUCAUGUGUUCAUCGGUGCAGAAGGCCCUGUUUGAGGAGGAGGACCAUGUCAAGAAACUGCAGCAGAAGGUGGCCACCCUGGAGAAGCGGAACAGGCAGCUCCGGGACCGGGUGAAGAAGGUGAAGAGGUCACUACGGCAGGCGCGGAAGAACAGCCGCCACCUGGAACUGGUCAACCAGAAGCUCAGUGAGAAGCUGGCAGCCACCGCGGGAGCCAUCCCGCACAUCAACGCCCUGGGGCGGGAGCCCGCACGCGGCACCUACCUGCGGGGAUAGCGGGGACCCCGAGGUGCCACAGCCAGCACCGCUGGGGCGCCUUGCCUCUCGCCAGGGUGUGGAAAAUGAUGGUGGUGUUGGACGUGCAUGUAUUUCAGACCUUGUAGAAGAUGUUUUUUACUCUGAGUUGGGUAGUGUCUAGUUGGCUAAAGGGCAAGUCCCAUUGCUCCUACCUGGCCCAGCCCCACAUACGGUGCUUUGAAGUCCAGAGGCAGCAGGAUCAAGCAAGCUGUGUGCUUGCCUGGGGCCUGUCCUGCAAAGUGCAAAUACUGGGGAAAGGACACUUUAGACUCUCUAGAUGCAUGAGACUACAAGGAGGUUGGCCUUUAUUUCAGAAGAGGCGGCAGUGCAGCCUCAACUCUGAGCUCCAGAACAAAUAGUUUUAAGGAGUGACCCGAAUCCAGUCACGGAACUGCCCCGUGUCUCAUUUUCCAGAUCUUUGGAAGGAGGACAGUGGCCUUGCAAAGCUCCCAAGGAUGCCUGUAAGUAGCAGGUGCAGGGUGUCCCUACUCCAGCCAGCAUUUUCUCCCAGCUGAGGCAUGUGAAGACUUAAUGAACUCGGCACAGGUAAGGGAACUGAGUUGGGCAGCAGGCCAUUAAAAAGAUACAUUAUACCUGGUUUCCAAUACCAGCUGCCCAGAGCUGAAGGUGACAGCUAGGGGUCACUUUAAUCAAGAGGGACAUGACCUCAUGGGCCUGCUAUGUUUUAUCACUUCAUGUUCCUAAGGGAAAACCCUGAGUAGCAUCGCAGCCCCUUCUAAAUUUUUAUUGUUCACUCAGUAAUUUCUUCCCAGUUUUCCAAAUUGAAGGUGAGCUUCCCUAAUACUCUGGACUUCUGUAAAAACACCUCCUUACCUAGGGGGAUCAGGUGACCUUACCUCAUUCCCAGGCAGGCCUUGUUCCAGGUGUUCCCACCUCCUGCUGCUGUAUGCAGAUGCUUUCCACCAACCGGGACGGACCUUGCCUGGAGUAACAUUUGUACAUCAGUCCACCUGUCUCAACUGCACCCGUUCCCCUUGGGAAAGAAGCCGUUAAAGACAGCCCUGCAAGAAAAGAGCAGAGUGUUCACUAUACCUGACACUGGAGCUCUUGACCUAGGCUCAUGUGAUCAGGCCCCAGCUGUGUUAUUAAGAAGUCAUUUGAGUGUCCUGUCGGUGAUCUUCUAUUGAUGGUAGGAGAUAAUGACCUUUCCCUUCCCUGCUUGUCCAGAUAGAAGCUUCUGGCCCUUCACUGGGAGGUCUGCUACCCACAGACCACCCAAGACACCACAGGGCCCGAAUGUUCUGUCUUCUCCAUUAGAAGUGGCAGUUCCUGUCAGGUGUCCAUCUCACUGGCAGCCAGUCUGAGGACUGGACCUCGUGUCACUUGAGUCUCAAUGGCAGGGGCAGACUCUGUCUUGGACUGAGUGGCACUGGAACUUUUGGCUUGAGGACUCUUCAUUUCCAAGCUUCUACCUGCACUUUGUUAGCUCAUGCUUCAGUGGGGCACAGUGGAGGGGUGUCUUCUGGGUUACUCUUCCUGGAGACAUUCCCUCAGAGAGGUUGUGCUUUCGGUGAAGGGGAUGACAAGCCCAAGGGUGACUUACAGUCACUGUGGGAAGAAUGUGGGAGCUGGGUCUCUACAGCUGCACUAUGUCUCCCUUUUCAAUAAAUAUGAGUGAUAUUUCAGCCACAACAAUAAAGUGACCCUGUCUCUGUGUGUCCAACACCUGCAGAGAAGCAGUGCUGUCCUGGCCUGCCCCACAUGAGGGACAGCAGCUUCAGUAAUCAGUGUCAUCAAACACACCCUCAGAUCAGUUGUCAAAGGGAACUAACUCCCUGGGUCCCUGUUAUCUGCUGCAUUGCCAUCUUAACCACAGUCCUUGACACUUGUUUAUUGUACUGGCAGGAACUUUUUUAUGCAAGAAUAUUCCAGCUAUAAACACUCACCAGAACUUGAUAUAUGUCAGCCGAACUCUCCUAGCCCUAUCUCUGAGGUGCAGGCCAUGGUUCAGUCCACUUUGUGGUUCCAGGAGGCCAAAGUCAUACAAUAAACAAGAGGCAGAUAGAAUCUAGAAUCUUUUUGAAUAGAGUCCCCAAGAGUCACAAGCUGGUAGCAUGUGGGCCACACCUAGUGUGGGGAAGAGGUUUCUUGGGCCUCACCAUGGUGUGUGAAUGUGAACACCUUCCGUGGCUUCAGUUCAGGCCACUGUCUCUAUUGCUGUAGCUCCUGUUUUUAUGGUGUAGCACUAGGCUGCAUCACGCUAUGGCGCCUGCCUGGAAACAGAAGUUAACAGGGAUUCUUGCGGGGCCCCGCCCUCCUUUGGGGAGAGAGAACACGAACUCAGAUCACGAUGACCGAACCAACCACUGGCCUGGCAUCAGUCCACUUUCCACGCUGCUUUAAAAACAAUCGAGCACCCAGCUUGUGUGAGGCUCUUUCACACACAUCACAAUUCUAUAAAAUAGUGCCCCCAAUCCCCAUUCUCCAAAAGGAAUCUGGGGCUUCAAGGGAUUAAGUAAAUCAUCCAAUGCACGCAACUGGUGCAGGUGGCUAGUCAAGGUUCAACACCAGCUUCAUUUCUCUCUUCAUACUUGCUCAUCUGUGAAGUGGGGAUAAUAAUCACACCCGCCUCAAAGACUGUUAAGAAUACUGAAAUUAUUCAGUAUUCUUAGCAGGAUGCCUGACACUCCACAAGCACUCAAUAGAUGUUACUUACAAUAAUUUUUAUCAUAAUGCUCACCAGAAAGGUCCAACGUGUGUGAGAAAUAAAAAUACUUGGUGGGACUCUAAUUUUCUUAUUAAUCUUUACCAUAAACUUCAGCCUCUUUUCGAAUUGCUUCUCUAUUUCUGAGCCACCCCCUUCUCUUUCACAAUCAGUAGAUAUCUGCUCCUCCACUAUAUUUACUGAGAAAAUACAGUCCAUGAGAAAUGUGUUUCCUCAACUUCCUAGCAUGUCACUCACACUUCUCUCCUUUCUCCCACCUCAAAGGAAGGCUCUCACUACUUCACAUCCAGGGUCAACCCCUAUGUUGCCUCGAGUUCAUAUUGCUUCUCUCCACACCAGGCUCCAUCAGAGUUCCCUCUUCUAUCAUAAGUUUUUUUUCUCACUGGGGACUCCUGCCAUUACCCACCCAGCCAAGCUCAGAUCUGUUCAUC